AUGAUUCAACCACAUGAUGAUGCCUUGGUGGUUGCAGCUCGAAUAAAUGGUUUCAUAGUAAAGAGAGUGUUGAUAGAUCAGGGGAGUGGUGCCGAGGUGAUGUAUCCCGACCUGUUCAAAGGUCUCAACCUGAAGAAUGAAGAUCUCUCCAGGUACGAUACACCCUUGAUGGGGUUUGACGGCCAUAUGGUGAUCCUAGAAGGGCAGAUCUCGCUUCCUGUGAAUAUGGAAGGUAAGGAGGUGAUGGUAACGUUCAUAGUGGUCGCUUCUUUCUCCCCGUACAUUGCGAUCCUUGGAAAGCCGUGGAUUCAUACCAUAGGGGCUGUACCAUCCACCCUACAUGUAAAGGUCAAGUUCUGCACUGAGCAGGGAAUUGUCGUAGUAAGGGGCAAUCAACAAGUGGCCAAGCAGUGCUUGGUGGCCGCAGUUGACCGAGGAAUCAAGCAAAAGGAGUCAACCGAGGAGACUCCCUCAUAG